UCAUGUAUCUGCCGAAUACUUUUUGUCUUUAUCCAAGACCUCUCAUUCCUUUAUUAAAAUUCCAUUUUCCACCACAUUGGUCCUGCCAAUUUCCAUUUCUCUCUUUGGCUCAAAUAAUGUCUCUCAAAUUCUUCAAACCUCUGUUUGAUUCUUUCUCAUGUUCCUGGAAGGAAUCAAAUAUUGAGCAAAAUGGUGUAUUUUUCUCCUAUGUUCUUGGUAUUGUAGCUUUACUAUGGUUUUUCUGGCUUUUCAUUAAGUCAAAAAAGGGACAACCUCCAUUGCCACCAGGGCCUAAAGCUUUGCCUUUGCUAGGUAAUCUCCAUUCUCUUGAUCCUGAACUUCACACCUAUUUUGCAUCUCUUUCCCAGACUUAUGGCCCCAUUUGUAGACUCUGGCUUGGUAAAAAAAUUGGAAUUAUUAUUACUUCGCCUGCCUUAGCUCGCGAGGUUCUUAAGGAACAAGAUACCGUUUUUGCUAACAGAGAUGUGCCUGUUGCUGGUAGAGAAGCUACAUAUGGUGGUACUGACAUAGUUUGGACUCCUUAUGGACCGAAAUGGCGGAUGUUGAGGAAAGUUUGUGUUCAAGAAAUGCUUAAUGGUUCCACUUUAGAUUCUGUUUAUGCAUUAAGGCGACGGGAGCUUAGACAAACGAUCAAUUACUUCUAUAGUCAGGUGGGAUUGCCUGUGAAUAUAGGUGAACAGAUGUUUUUGAAUGUACUUAAUGUGAUUACAAGCAUGUUAUGGGGUGGCACAGUGAAGGGUGAGGAAAGAGCUAGUCUUGGGGCAGAGUUUAGGCAUGUUGUCACUAAGAUGACUGAGCUGUUAGGUACUCCAAAUCUUUCUGAUUUUUAUCCGGGCUUGGCCAGGUUCGAUUUGCAGGGUGUAACAAAGAAGAUGAAAGUGUUGGCAAAGAGAUUUGAUAGGAUAUUUGAGAGCAUGAUUGAUAAAAGACAGGAUAUUGAUAGAAAUGGUGGGAUGGAAACUGGUGUUGGCCAACAAAGCAAGGAUUUUUUGCAAGUUUUGCUGAAACUGAAAGAUGAUGAAGCUGCCAAAAUGCCUUUGACCAUGCCUGAACUCAAAGCCUUACUCAUGGAUAUGGUUGUUGGUGGAACCGACACAACCUCCAACACGGUUGAGUUUGCCAUGGCUGAAAUUAUGAACAAACCAGACGUCCUGAGGAAAUUACAACAAGAACUAGAUACAGUUGUGGGAAAAGAUAAUAUAGUGGAAGAGUCCCAUAUUCAACAGUUACCAUAUUUGUAUGCAGUUAUGAAAGAAAUCUUGCGUCUACAUCCAGCACUUCCACUCUUAGUUCCUCAUUGUCCUAGUAAGACAGGCAUUGUUGGAGGAUACACUGUUCCUAAAGGAUCUCGUGUUUUCGUAAACGUAUGGGCUAUACAGAGAAAUCCUUCUAUCUGGAAAAAUCCAACUGAAUUUCAUCCAGAGAGAUUUUUGGAGAAUAAAUGGGAUUAUAGUGGAAAUGAUUUCAAUUAUUUUCCCUUUGGUUCUGGAAGAAGAAUCUGUGCGGGAAUAGCCAUGGCAGAGAGGAUGUUCAUGUAUUCACUGGCUUCACUCGUUCAUUCUUUUUACUGGAAGUUGCCUGAAGGAGAGACAUUAGACCUUACAGAGAAGUUUGGGAUUGUUCUGAAGAAGAAAAUACCUCUGGUGGCUAUACCUACUCCAAGAUUAUCCAAUCCAACACUGUAUGAGUAAGAUUAAAAUGUGUCUGUAGAGAGUCGUGUUAUGCAUGAUGAUUCUCUCUUUUAUAUGAUGAACUAUGGAAAUGUGCUCCAUGAAAUUGAUUCAAAGUUUUCUCUACAGUUUGUACACUUCAAGAAUAAAUAUAGAAAGGGUGUUUUCCUUGUUCUCUUGACAA